UCCUCCUUAUAGCCUGGAGAAAAUGACAGAUUUCGUAGCUGUUUGGGAUGUGGCUUUGAGUGAUGGAGUCCACAAGAUUGAGUUCGAGCAUGGGACCACAUCGGGCAAACGAGUAGUAUAUGUAGAUGGAAAGGAAGAAAUAAGAAGAGAAUGGAUGUUCAAAUUAGUGGGCAAAGAAACCUUCUGUGUUGGAGCUGCAAAGACAAAAGCAACCAUAAAUAUAGAUGCUGUCAGUGGUUUUGCUUAUGAAUAUACUCUGGAAAUUAACGGGAAGAGCCUCAAGAAGUAUAUGGAAAAUAGAUCAAAAACUACCAAUACAUGGGUAAUGAACUUGGAUGGUGAGGACUUUAGAGUUGUUUUGGAAAAGGACACUAUGGACGUAUGGUGCAAUGGGAAAAAGAUGGAGACAGCGGGUGAGUUUGUAGAUGACGGGACUGAGACCCACUUCAGCGUUGGGAACCACGACUGUUACAUAAAGGCUGUCAGCAGCGGGAAGCGGAAAGAAGGGAUUGUUCAUAGUCUCAUUGUGGAUAACAGAGAAAUCCCAGAGAUGCUUAAGUGACUUCGUGUUCAUGAAUUUUCAUCUUAAGAAAUAAAGCCAGGGAUAUAGCUCAGUGGCUUAAGCGCUUGCCUGGAAAGUCUGAGGUCAUGAGUUGGAUUCCCAGUACAAAAAAAAAAAAAAAACAGAAUGGGAAGAAAUAAAGCCCAGAACUUUUUAAUUACUGUGGUAAUUAAAUGUUUCAACAUGUAUGUAUCAGUACACUUAGUCUACAGUGUUUUUAUUUUUUAGUUACUUGAAACUAUAAUAAUCCAAGGGUUAGGAAAAAACAAACUAUACAACACAGAAGUUACUGCUUAUUAAAAAAAUGUAAAAUGUUUAAAACCCAAGUGGAAAAUAAGAUAUGGAUCAAAUUCAUUAAUGUUUCAUAAUAGUAACCUUUCCUGUAAUAAACACUACAAAAUAAAA